AUGAGCUGGAUUCGUAGAAUCGAUCUCCUCGACCCCUACACCUGUCCUCCUCUCCUCGUCCGUGAAACCUCCAUUAUCGAGCCUUUUCUAGGGUUUCCUUCCUUCAUCGACGACGAUGAUGAAGAUCUCGGUUUCCCAUUCGGAUUCCCAUCCCCUUCCCCACUCGAUCUACUCGAAAGCGUGACGGAUCUGGUCCAGAUUGAGAAAUCUCCUUCCUCCUGCAAGUACCAGAAGAUUCGCCGGAAGUCGUCGCAGCCGGAUUAUCCUCUCCGGUAUCUCUGCGACCGAGUUUCUCAAUUGGAAACCAAGUUCGACCGGUUGAGCCGUGACUCUGACCGGAAGUACACGUUGACGAAGGAGAUCAAAGGCUCCGGAGAGCGCAAGUACAAAUGGGAGGCGGAGAUUCACGGCUCGCCGGGGAGGAAGUACAAGUUGGAGGCGGAGAUCGAAGGUUCCGGGGAGAGGAAGUACACGUGGACGACGGAGAUCAAAUCCGGUAAAAAGGAUGAAGUCGCUCUCAAGAAGGCAAAGGCAGAAGCUGCUGCUGAAGCUGAGAAGACGAAGAAGGAUAAGAAGAAGAAGAAGAAGAAGAGCUACAAUUGGACAACGGAGUUGAAGUCGGAGAGGGAAAACGGAGAGAUGUCUCACACGUACACUAUCAAGGCUUCUACCGGAGGCGAGAAAGAGAAGCAUGAGGAGAAGGAGAAGAAAGACAAAAAGGAGAAGAAGAGCAAGAAGAAGGAGAAGACGCGUGUUGUUGUCAUCGAGGAAGACGAGGAAGAAGAAGAUGAGUCUGAAGGACAUGGAGCCAUCGUUCUCAGAAAGGCGUUUGCGAGGAGGAAUGGAGCAGUGAGGAGCAAGAAAGGGAAGAACAAGGAAAUGCCGCUUGAAUAUGCGGUUGUGACGAUCCAGAGAACCUUCAGAGCUUAUUUGAUUCGCCGCUCAAAGUCAUUACGCGCUCUUCGUGAUCUAGCUAUCGCCAAGACUAAGCUGAAGCAGCUAAGAGCUUCUUUCCACAACUUCAGCUACCGCCGGUUGAUCUCUCGCGAUGCAGAGGAGCGCCAGAAAUUCUCUGAAAAGAUCAUCGUACUCCUCCUCACCGUUGAUGCCAUAGAGGGAGUUGAUGUAAUGGUACGAGGAGCGAAGAGGUCAAUGGUGGAUGAGCUGGAAGCGAUGUUGGACGUGGUGGAUCCGCAGCCGCAAGGGAAGUCAUUGUCGAUGAGGAGGAGAACGUUCGAUAUGCCAGACAGUAUGAUCAGCAAAGAGAUCGCUGAUGGAGUGACUCAGAUUGUGCAGAUGCUUGAGACGGAGGAAGAAUGA